ACGGACGGACGUCGCUGCGCCGCCGCCCCGGCUCCCCCACCCCGGCCAGGUGAGGAGGCGGUGGCGGCGCGGGGGGGUCCUGGCGGCGGCGAGACGCGCCUUGUCCGGGCUCCUGUCGGCGGCCGCUCCGCCGGCGCUGCGGGAGCGUCGUGCCGCGGUUGUUACUGGCAGAAGAACCAGGAUUCAGAUCUCAGUGGAACUUGCUUUCAAAAGCUGUUGAAACAAAAGACUGCUUUCUAAUUUGGACAUGGCUAAUCGAGGAGCAACAAGGCCCAACGGGCCAAAUGCUGGAAAUAAAAUUUGCCAGUUUAAACUAGUACUUUUAGGAGAGUCUGCAGUUGGCAAAUCAAGUUUGGUGCUUCGUUUUGUAAAAGGACAAUUUCAUGAAUUUCAAGAAAGUACGAUUGGAGCUGCUUUUCUAACCCAGACUGUAUGUCUGGAUGAUACAACGGUAAAAUUUGAAAUUUGGGAUACAGCUGGGCAAGAGCGGUACCACAGUUUAGCACCCAUGUACUACAGAGGAGCACAAGCAGCUAUAGUGGUAUACGACAUUACAAACGAGGAGUCCUUUGCCAGAGCGAAAAAUUGGGUCAAAGAACUUCAGCGACAAGCAAGUCCUAACAUUGUAAUAGCUUUAGCAGGAAACAAAGCUGAUCUAGCUAACAAAAGAGCUGUGGAUUUCCAGGAAGCACAGGCUUAUGCAGAUGACAACAGCCUAUUGUUCAUGGAGACGUCUGCCAAAACAUCUAUGAACGUAAAUGAAAUAUUCAUGGCAAUUGCAAAAAAAUUGCCAAAGAAUGAACCACAGAAUGCAGGAGCCAGCUCUGCCAGAGGAAGAGGAGUAGACCUUACUGAACCCACGCAACCACCCAAGAGUCAAUGUUGUAGUAACUAAAAGAUCAAUUGCUUAAACUGUUCUGAAUAUUCUUCUGCUUCCUAACUGUUAAUAACCAUGGAAUUGGAGUGCUUAACCUGGUCCAGUACAGCUUCCAAACAGCGAAGAGACUUACGAUAAUAGUCAAGUUCAUGAUACAGAGUUUUCUUUUCACCUAAAAUUUUAACAUGCAUGUAUCCACCACUGGCUGUAAUGUUUCAGCAGUAGAGGAGAGAUGGAGGCGGAAUAAACUUCCUUCAGUUGAAAGGUUUCAAAAAUCAGUUGUUACUAUUAGGGGUGUAGAAGAACUACUUUCUGUGGACCUAAUCGGCCAGUUCCUGUAGCCUCAAUACUGAUCACUGUUAUAAUAAAUAGAAUUGGGUCUUAUCAUAAUUCUCAAUUGUGCUUUAAAACCUCCUUAGAAACAGGGUCUAAAAAUUACUUAAACUUACUUGCAGUAUUGAUGCAACCAGUUGUUUCUGCAGGUGUCCCUUGUUUAGUUAUACAUUCCAUAGGUUAAUAAUUUUAUUACAAAUAAUACUUGCAUUAACAAUUUCAAGAAUCCUAUGCUUGCCAGAAAGUGGAGUUUUAGUUGGUACACUGUAUGUAAAUUAUAUCAACCCAGUUAGUUAUCUUAAUGAAUUAGUGAUGAAUCAAGUCUAACUUCAUUUCUAAUCUGUUCAGAGGGUACAGACCAGUAAAUUCAACUCUGCAACUUAGGGUAUGGGGUUUUUUGUCCUCUACAAACUGUAAGAGCUCUUCAAGUAAAACCACAACAAACUCGG